AUGCACGGAGAUAAAUCAAAUCAGAAUUACCACCAAAUACGACCCCCAACAACAGUGGCUUCCGAGGCUUCAAUGCAUCGACAGAAACUAGCCUCUUUGCGUUCAAACUUUUUAGUUCAUGCUUCAAAUCCACCCAAAGAUGUACCAUACAUUGGCAGUUCCACUUCAUCGACAUCCAAUAUUCAUUCUUUUCCUAGUGAAGAGCUUCCCUCUCGUCUUCUCGUACCCAUUACUGCGAAUGAGAGCUCUAAUAACGGAUUCCUUACUUUUCCUUACCGUUUUACUAAUUCAUCCAUUCAGCCUGGCUCUUACUCUCCCUCUCUUCCUACUCUUAAUCCACCUUCUGUGCCUAGACGCAUUGCAAGACGAAGUGGUCGUGUUACAUCGAAUUCUUGUAAUACUAGUUCCGCCUGUAAUCAAGUUGGUGAAUCGACGAUUUCCCCUCCUAUUCAACCCAUAAUCUCAGAACCCCAGAAGCCUUCAUAUAAAUAUACGUCACCUUACAAUCAUUCAAGCUAUCCCACCAUUGUGUAUGAAACUCUAACUAGUGUUCGCGGACCGCAAGCUGAAUAUUCACAGCCUGUUUUUCCCAACUCUGCUACGUUUUAUCAUAAGAGUGUAGUUGAACCUCCUGCAAUCAUUACCUUGUCGCCUAGUGAGCCACUGUGUCUUUAUGCGGGUAAACGGAACGAACUCUGUCGGUUGUGUCAAAAACAGGCUCUUUCUCGAAACUCAUCUUCUCAUCGAUCCUCUUCUAGACAUUCAACAAAAAGAGAGUCCAGCGAGGAGGGAUCGGCAGGAACUUGUCAAAGACAUCGACUCAGCAAACCUCAUGGUUCCUUACCAACAGGUUAUCGUUCUGUUAAUGGUCUCAAACGAAGAUCAUUUCGGCGACGAACUCUUAAUUACUCUUCCUCUUCUUCCUCUGGAUCCACUUCGCCUUCCAUCAAUCUUCCUGAAAAUGUCGAUAAUAACCUCUCUAGUGAUGAGUUCUGGCCUAUAGCGGUUUCACAACCUCGAAAUCGGGUAUGCCGACGUCGUAGAACAAAGUCUUUGAAUCCACGAGCCCGUAGACGUAAGAGGCAAUUGCUUACAAUGUCCAACUCCUCAAUUGAUCCUCCUGCGGACUACGAGGAUGAUCAGGAAGAGGAAGCCAGAGCUGUGGAUGCUUUGGCCAUGCGAAUACAGCCUAUGCUUGAUGAAGGUCGAACAGCUGAAGUGCAGGCGAUUCUGUUGAAGGCUCUUACUUGUCCGGAGAUGCGACAAAGAGCACUAUGCCUCUUAGAUUAUCUCACUAGUGAAGGUGUUAUCUUUACCGCGCAGAACCGUCAACAUGGUUUAGUGCUAGCUUGUCGACUCUGA